AUGGGCCUGGCCACAGGCCAAGUCACGACGGCACAAACCUGCCAUCGUGGCCCAUUUCCCUUAUAUUCUUCGUUCUUCCACCCAUCCUGCUCCCUCGAUCGCGAGUGUAUCCCCCCAUUCCCCCUCCCGGCCUAUCUAGGGGCCCUUUCCUUCACGUUCUUCGUUCUUCUUUCGUCCGCCUUUCCUGUUUCCUCGACCUUGGUGUACUGCUGGCCGCUUGACCGUAUCGUGGUUUCGUGGCCUCUAUCCCUCCCGCGUCCUCCGCACCUUCGCCGUCCCUGCGAACCCCCGAUCCCACCAAUGAAGCGCUCUCGAUCCCGGAGAAGUAGAAAGCUGGGAACUGCCUUUGCCGAGGAUGAUAUAACUGCGACCUCUACUAGCGACUCCGAUGAGCAGGGCGAUGCUACCUAUGAGACGGAUCUGACGGAGGCGGACGAUUCCCCAAGCCCACGAAAACGUCUCCGGUCGGAUGAGAACUGCUCUGCCUUGGAGCUAGGGCUCCCUGGCGAGUUCGGAGAAUACUACAAUGAUCCACUAGAUGAUGAUGGAAUUGAUCUGUCUGAGAUUCCUGAGGAUUUCGACAAAGCACCGGGCACCAUUGAACGACGAGAGCGGAUUGAGACCCGGUGGAAACGGUUGCCUAACGAGCCAAAAUGGCGGGAGCCUGAGGAAGCGCUACGCCAGGCGUCGAAUAAUGACAUGUAUCGGUUCCUAGGCUGGUGUCUUAAGCUCGAGCGUGGCAAGAAUAACCGAAGGUUAAAGCGUAUCAACAAAGCUAGCUCGUUGAAUACGGACUGGAAAAACCUUCGUGGCUACUACCAAAAGCUUACCAAGAUCAAAAUCAAUGAUGAGGAUGGCUCAGAUGUACGGAGGGGUAUGAAGUAUUUGGUCCAAGAGCAUGGCUUAGACACACAACCUGGAAAGAAGACGCUAGUUUAUAUCGAGGAUAUUGGGCCGUUUAACGAGACCAUUUUGAUUCUAACGUAUCUAGGUGUGCCUGUUCAACUCACUCGCUUUGUUCACUGUGCACCGGAGGAACGCUUUGUUGAGACUACUUUUGCGCUUCCCGAGAUCGUUUAUGGUCCCUCUCUGGUGAUAUGCCCGUAUACAUUGCUUUUCGGCAUCCUGUUCCAUGCGCGCGCAUUCCGGAAUUCGAGGCUGACCUCGAAGGCUCAGCUACGGAAACUCUUUAUCAGCAAAGGCUACCCGAACAAGUCUGAUUGGUAUAUAUUCUGUAAGACGGAGCUGGUCAAUGGCGUUCCCACUAUUCAGCGGACCGUGCAGAUGUCUAAGUCGGCCAUGUCCACCUUGCUGGUUACCUUCGGGGAGAUCCGUGGGUGGAAAGGGGCAUUCCAUGCCCAUCAGUUCCGUUAUAGAAGUGGUAAAGUGAUUAACGAGAGCGGGUGGGUGAGCAAGGAACAACACAUGUUGAUCAUGAAGCACGCUAGCCCCUGGACCUUUCUCGACCACUAUCAUCUAGACCUGGCACCAACCCGCGGGUAA